UGUUCUUUUUUAUUCAAAUGCAGAAGACACAGGAAAGCCAAUGUCACCUGACCCUGAGUCAGAAUAUACAUCCCCGGGCCCAAAGUUAUCUAGUGUUUCAAGAUGUGAUUUGCAGGAGCCAGGGAUCUCUGUGGAAGAGUAUAGACCUGACACUAAAGAUAAUAAAGAUGUGUCGGACUCAUUAGAACUAGAGGUUGAGGAGAAACCAAUGUCACCUGAUUCUGAAUCAGAGUUUAGGCCUUUCUCACCUGCAUCACUAAUGUUCAUUUCAAAUAUCAGAUCACCCUGUUCUGAAUCAUCUGACUCUCUGAAUGCAUUUACAGCUCUUUCACCCGACUCACCUAUUCCAGACUUUAGACAGGUACUUCAAGAGUCCCCAAACACAUUCACACAUUAUAGAUCCCCUUCACCGGAAUCAGUGCUGUGGGAUUUUGAAGAGGAAAAUGAGUCAUCUUUCCCAAUGGUCACAGAAUGUCGAUCUUCUCCUGAUUCCUUUGUAUCUCUGAGUAAGUACAGAAGACUUUCUCCUGACUCUCCUAUACCUGACUUCAGACAGGCUUUGCUAGAAACACAUACUGAGUUUAAUGCUUUCAGUCCAUUUUCACCUGAAUCAGUGGCCUCAGAAAGAGAAUGUAGUCCUUUGAUUCAACGAAUGUUUGAUUUUGAGGAAAGAGCAGAAUCCCCUCUAUCCGGGGUGUCUGACGCUGAUCUUAGAUGUCUGUCUCCUGAUUCUCCAGUGCCCCAGUACACUGUGGGUGCACCAACUAUGUCUGGAGCAAGAUACAAAUCCACAUCACCUGGUUCAGUAUUUUCUGAGGAGGAUUUGGAGGAUGAUUUGUGUAUCCCUUGGCUUUUUGAGGACAGAGCAGCAUCUCCUGGUUUAGCCACAUCCCAUUAUAAACUUAGACCUCUUUCACCAGACUCACCCAUUCCUGACUUUUCACAAACACUGCCAGAGUCAUCUUUGUCCCAUAUGUGUUCAAGGUCUUCUUCACCUGAGUCAGAGUUGUCUGAUUUUGAUGAGGACAUUGAGAUAUCUUUCCCAAUGGUCAUAGAAGACCGAUCUUCUCCGGAGUCCUUAGAGUCUCUGAGUAAAUAUAGAAGACUUCCUCCUGAUUCUCCUGUACCUGACUUCAGAAAGGAUUUGCCAGAGACAUAUUCAGAGUGUAAUGCUUACAGGUCAUUGUCACCGGAGUCAGAGGCUGCAGAAACAGAACAUACUCCUUUGAUUCCACAGAUGUUUGAUUUAGAGCAAAGAGCAGAAUCUCCUCUAUCCGGGGUGUCGGAUGCUGAUCUUAGAUGUUUGUCUCCGGAUUCUCCAGUACCCCAGUACAUUAUGAGUGGACCCACUAUGUUAGGAGUAAGAUACGGAUCCACAUCACCUGGUUCAGUAUUUUCUGAGGAGGAUUUGGAGACCAGUUUGUGCAUCCCUUGGCUUUUUGAGGACAGAGCAGCAUCCCCUGGUUCUGCUGCACCCAAAGAGGAAUUUAGACCUCUUUCACCAGACUCACCCAUACCUGAUUUUACACAUGCACUACAAGAGACAUCCAUAUCACAUAUGUAUUCAAGGUGUUCUUCACCUGAGUCAGUGUUGUCUCAUUUUGAUGAGGACAUUGAGAUAUCUUUCCCAAUGGCCAUAGAAGACAGAUCUUCUCCUGAGUCUUUAGCAUCUUUGAGUAAAUACAAAAGACUUUCUCCUGAUUCUCCUAUACCUGACUUCAGAAAGGCUUUGCCAGAGACAUAUUCAGAGUUUAAUGCUUACAAAUCAUUGUCACCUUGGUCAUUAUAUUCAGAUGAGGAUUUAGAUACUGAUUUGUGUAUCCCUUGGCUUUUUGAGGACAGAGCAGCAUCUCCUGGUUCAGCCACAUCCCUUUAUGAACUUAGACCUCUUUCACCAGACUCACCCAUUCCUGACUUUUCACAAACACUGCCAGAGUCCAUAUCACAAAUGUGUUCAAGGUCUUCUUCACCUCAUUCUGUUUUGUCAGAUUUGGAAAUAGAACUGACAUUCCAACAUUUCUUGGAAAGCAGACCUUCAUCUCCUGAAUCUCAAGACUCAAUCAGACUUUCACCUGAUUCACCUUUACCUGACUUUAUGCAACCAAUGUUUGGAUUACAUGAACAUGUUUGUGGACAUGGGUCAUCAUCACCUGAGUCAAUGUGUUCAGAAAUAGAACACAUUGGUAUAAGCCUAGGAUCACUAGUUUAUGACAAUAGACCAUCUUCACCUGGCUCAGGGGCAUCUGGAGAUGAAUACCAGGCCCUCUCAUCAGACUCUCCUUUACCUGAGUACAGACCAGCAAUGUGUGAACGUGUUAUUGUGAAUGUUGGCUAUAGAUCAUCCUCCCCUGAAUCCACUGAAUCUGAAAUUGAGUAUGCGUUGAGUGAGUUGUUGAUGCCCAUCAAUUAUAGUGUAGAGGAUAGGCCAGAUUCUCCUGAAUCACUAGGAUCAGAAGUACAAGAUAAUGAAUUAAAACCCCUAUCAUCUGAUUCGCCAAUACCUGACUUGACAAAGACAUUUGAAAAGAAUAUGAUGACUGUGAGAGACAUAUCAACCACUGUAUUUUUAGGUUCAGAUGAUUUGUCACAAACUUGUACAGUAGUGAGGUCGGCAUCCCCAGAGACUUUUGAAUCAGAUAAAGGAGAUCCUGUUUUAUCAACAACAAUGGCACCUUUUUCCCCUGAGAAUUCGGCCACUCUGGCAGCUGAGUAUAAUAGCACUUGUGAUGCAGAACUGUGGAAGCUGAUUUCUCAAUUGCAUGAUCCUCAGUAUGUGGGGAAAACGUUUAGCCAUGAAACAGGGUUUAUGCAAUGUAUUGGCAGCACGAUAGAAAAUGAAAGGAGUGUUCCAGAUGAUGAACAAGAUAAUACAUUUGAAGGUAAAAAUGAGCAUGACGUCACAGUAAAUGCUUCAGAGGGGACACAUAUAUUUACUUCCUCAGCCAAAGCUGGCUUUCUUUGCACUUCAAGUGCACAGGUCAUAUCAGAAAUAUCUCUUUCACAAUCUGACCAACUUGUUUCAGAGUCACCUCCACCAGUGAUAGAACACAUUUGGUCUUCAGGAGCAGCUCCAUACAGACGGACAAAGUACACAUUUGAAAAACCUUCCCCCGAGGUACAUACAGAGUCUGAUGAUCAUUGGGUCGUUAAAUCUGUAUCUGACUCAGACGAUGAUGAUCUACGUGAUUCACCAGAAUCCUUGAUAGACUACAGACCCAUAUCCCCCGAUUCAGUCAUGGUGAUAGAAUCGAGACCAUCAUCACCAGAAUCUGUAUCAUCAGUCAAUGAAUUUAGACGCCUCUUACCAGAUUCCCCGAUACCUGAAUUUACAAUGUUUUUGCCAGAAUAUGUAACGUUUCUCAGAUCAGCAUCAUCUUCACCUGAAACUUUAGCAUCAGAUAUAGAUUAUGCGCAAUUUGAAAAUAUGGAAUUUCAGUUUGAAGAAUGCAGGCCAUCAUCUCCAGGGUAUUCACUCUUAGAGGAGGAAGAUGAGAGAGAACGGCCAUUGUCGUCUCAGUCUCUGCCUGAAUACAGGCCCAUGUCACUUGAAUCAGCUAUGCAAAUAGACCAAAGAGCAUCAUCUCCUGAAUCGAUGCCUGAGUUUAAUGAGAACAGAUCGCUUUCUCCAGACUCCCCCAUUCCCCAGUUCACUGUGCCAUUGGAGUACACUAUUACACAUAGGUCAUCAUCACCUGACUCCACGGGUUCAGAUUCAGAGUGUGAGCUAAUGGUCUCGUCUUCAAGAGAUGCUGAGACAGACAGACCAUCCUCACGUGAAUCCAUGUCAUCGCCCAAUGAGUUCAGUCAACUAAUGCCAGACUCACCGGUACCUGAUUUUAUGAGAAUAUUGUCUUCUUAUUUUAUUGACGCUACCCUUGUUGAUAGAUCUUCCUCACCAGUGUCUUUUUCAUCAGACUCUGAGUUUGUUGCUUUACCUAUUGAUUGUUGGAUUGAUGAUAGCCCAAGGCCACUGAACCCUCAAAUUGUUGACUCAGAAGACGAAUUAGCUUUUUGCUGUGAGGAUACUGAACCUUUGAGUCAUGUGACACAUUGUGAAACUUUAUUACCCAGUCAGUCUUUAUCAUUACUUAACAAAGGUCCAUUGGCUGAAUUAUUAUCACUACUUCCAAUCAGUGAGAAAAAAUCGAAGGAAGAAAAUAUCAAUCCUGACUCGCAAAAGAUGACUGGACCAGAGGUGUUGUCAAAAGAAGGGACACAGCAUGAAUCAGAAGCUGAAAGUAUCUCAACUUCAGGAACCGCGGUUUGUGAGGAAGACUUCCAAAAGGACUUUUCUGUGAAACCAUCGCCAGUUCAAGAUCCACAAAGAGAGGAAAAGAAGAUCCAACUCAUCCAUGCUGGAGAACUAAAGAAGACGACAGGCUCUCAAAGGGCUCCUCCUCAGAUACUAGAGGAACCACAUUUUCUUACAGAUGAUAAGCAAAGCACACCUUUGUCUGCUACAACACUGACAGAAGACUCAAGGAAAAUAGGUCUGGUGUUCGAUGAUGACAAGCCAAUGAAAUCAAUCCCCCUACAGCUACCUGAGCAGAACAUACACACCACCCACAGAACUGUUACUCCAGUUCUCCCUGCAUCGGAGAAUAUAUCACGUUUAAUGUCGGAUAGGCCCCAAGGGCCCUCAGGGGCUGAGUUCUCCCCUGAUAAAGAGCAGUCCAGUGAGCUUUUUUCACCUAUGUCCGCUCAGCUUUUGGUACCUCCAGAUUUUGAAGCAGUAUUUUCAGGACAUCAAACCCUGAGAGUUUCUGAAUCGAGCCAAGCUUCGUUGAAUGAUUUGAGUCCAGUAUCUUCAGUGUUCAGUGACUCAAUUUCAGCUCAAGUUGGGACUGAAGCCACCUCCAAAGGAGAGUCUGAAUAUCUACAAGACUUUGAGUUUUCCCCAGAUUUUAACAGAGUCGUCUCAGAAUUUGAGAAAACAGCCUCAGAAUUUGAAUCAGGGCAUCCAAAGGUCCUACCAAAAGAACUCAGGAAGGGAUCGGAUUCUCCGCAGCACUCUGACUCAGAUGGGGAAUUCUUUGACUGCAAGCAAGCCUUCUCUGACAACUCGGAACCAGAUGAAAUGAAACUCAAACAUGAGAUUACCUAUCAUAUCUCUGAACCCCCGUCCCCAAUGCCUGGGAGUCGCUCUGAUCUCUGCUUCCUGAAAGGCAGCCCUGAAUACACUGCUCACUCUUUCCUCGGGGUGGAAGAUUACAAGCGCUUCUCUUCUGGCAGUGUAAGUUUCGGGGAACUUACUUAUGAUUCAGAGGGUUCGCGGGAGUAUCAAACAGAAGGAAAUCUCCCAGUGUGUGAAGAGCUUCCUUCCAGAGAUCAGGCAGGGUAUUACGAUGAUGAUGACUUCCUAGGAAGGGUAAGAGGUUGAGCAUGAGCACAGUGCUGCACUGGCUUUUUUCUUGCCUGGCCAGAUUGGUUGGUGUUAAGCUGCAUUCAAGAUUCAGAAAAAAAAUAACGUGUGGACUUAACCUUAAUGAGGCUGACGAAUGCUUUUGUGUGCAUGAGUGCCUAAACCCUUCAAGAAAAUAACUAAAUUGUGAAGACUAUAACGAGUUGAUGAAUUUAGUAUUGUGUCAUAGAUGGCUGAAAAGUUUUGGUGUUUGUUGUGAUUGGUUGCAGUCACAGAUCUUGGACUCAGCAUUGGCGACAUUAACAUAUUCCUG